GUCGCGUCAGCUGGUUCUGCCGGCGGCUCCCGGCAGGGUCAGGGCUAGGGCCAGGCCCGGAGCUGGAGCGGUUCCGUCGGCGCCGCGCUGGCCCCUUGUUGCCGCGAUCCUCCCGGCUCCGCGCGGUGCUGGGGAUGGACGCUGCGGGCCUCACCCUGAAGCUGGUUCUGAUCGGGGACAGCGCCGUGGGGAAGUCCAGCCUCCUGCUGAGGUUCACUGACGGUGCGUUCGAGCCGUGCCUGACACCCACCAUCGGUGUUGAUUUUAAAGUGAAGAAAGUGGUGAUAGACGGCCAUGCGAUACAGCUUGCGAUAUGGGACACAGCAGGACAGGAGCGCUUUAGAACGCUGACUCCCAGUUAUUACCGAGGAGCUCAAGGGGUUGUCUUAGUGUAUGAUGUUACAAGAAAAGACACUUUCGCAGGACUAGAGAGCUGGCUGAAUGAGCUGGAAAUGCAUACCACCAGAAGCAACACUGUGAAGAUGUUAGUGGGCAAUAAAACCGAUAAGCCUGAUCGUGAAGUAGAGAGAAGAGAAGGACUCCAGUUUGCUAGGAAACACUCACUGCUUUUUAUAGAGACCAGUGCCAAGACACAGGAUGGAGUGCAACAUGCCUUUGAGGAACUGAUCAUAAAGAUCCUGCAGACACCAGGUCUUUGGGAUAAAAGCACAGAGAAGCGGGGAGUCCAGCUAAGGGAAUCUUCAGCACAGCAGGAUAAAAGCUUAUGUGGUGCAUUCUGUCCACUUUCUUAAAUCUACAGGUGGCUGUUCUGUCUGAAUAGAGUGGACUUUUCUUUUUUUUUUUUUUUUUUUAAAAAAAGGGGGGGGGGGAAGGGAGCAGAUUCCAAGCACUAGUCUGUGCCUUGUUUGACCUGCCACCAGUUGUGUAGGUCCAAACCCCAAACUGUUUAGCAAAAUACAUUUUUGUUCAUAGACAAAAUACAAUUUCUCGUUCCCUUAUGCACAACUGAUAUAUCCAGAUUUUUUUCUGGUAACUGUCAGAUUUUUUUACUAUUAAAUCAUAGUGCUUCUUAGAGUAUUGUGCUUUUGUUGAAUGUCAUACAGCAUGCACUUUUUCUGAAAUUCAUGCCUUAGCAUAAAACAAGGUAGUACUCCAUUUUGUAAUAUUACUGAAAAGCUUCUCUCCCCCAGAAUGGCAUGGGAGUCUCUUAGGCACCCAAGUUCCCUUAAAUGUAGUUAACAGGAGUCACCCUGAGCAGUGACAAUGUUUCCCUAUUUCAGAUGGUUUUAAGCAAUUGAAAUUGCCACGUCCCCAGAUAGUAACUAGAGUUACUACUAAAUUUUAGGGUUGUAGUGAAGAGGCGUAUCUACUAAUAUUUGGCAGGAAAAAAUCCACUUCCUGUGCAGGUUACCCCUUGCUGCUCUUAAAUACUUUGUGCUGAGGACGAGUGGUGAAAUCGAGCAUCAUUUUGUGCUGGUUUACACUGUGGGUCCUUUUUGCAGUUGAUGGGGCUCUGUGCAAACCUAUGUUCCUGCCCUCAUUCAGCAAUUGCAGGGCUUAAACUAAGUUUAUUAUAAAAUGUGCUGGUUAUGGAAGACUUUUCAGUAGGAUGAGUCUCUCUAGUGCCAAUCCCAUUAUGAAGUUUUGUCAGCUAACUGCCUCUUUCUACCUUCCCUCUGCCCCCCCUUACCCCUGGUUAAACUUUCUGCCUUUUCUUGAAAACAAACCAAGUCAUGCAAGAUGUUAGCCUGGACUCUGAUCUUGGUAGCAAUGCCUCUGGAUGACUUUUGGUUGGCUACCUGCAAAAGUGUCAAAUCUGGGGACAAUAUUAAAAGCAUUUAAAAUGUAAACUGAAGUGCUGGUAAACAAGUGACAAAUCUAAAGACAGUGAUUGCAGGACAUUGUCAAGUCAGAACAGAAAAAUUGCCCUUUUUAAGAUGCAUGUUUUGAUGAUUCAUUGCUAUCAAGUUGAUUUAAUUAGUGGGAGUGCCUUCCUGAGUACCACCAGUGAUUUGUCAUGAGUGCUGCCACAACACAGCUGAAGACAAGGCCUAUAAACUUCAAUCUCACUUUGGAACUAUUCCAGCUUAUUCUCUGCAAAGUUGCUCUUUGUGGAGCUGUUUUCUUCUGUGAAAAGUCUGCCUGUGUAAUUGUUGCUAAAGUGACUAGAAAUACUGGUUUGUGGUUUUUCUUUUUUUUAGCAUCAGCUUCUGUCUGCCUUGCAAUGGAUGUUAAGUGGCUGCGUAGUUGGAAUAUCACUCCUGUGUAUUUCCCUCUGCUGAAAUCAGUCUGAGGGAGAUGGCAGAUCUUAUGGGAGUUUUUAAUGUCUUUAGCACUGGGAACACAUCUGCUUUCAGCUAGCUGAAGGACUACUUCUUACAUGUCCAUCUUGGUUUUGGUCUAGAAGAUGUCCCUUUAGACUACACUUAUUCAGUUCAGCUUAUGAGAGAGUAGAAGAGAAAGUAGUUUCUGUUGGUGUGACUGACAGCAGCUGGAUAGGCACACUGUAAGCAGAUCACAGAGGGUGUGGAUUGUUAAACUACUGAGCAUCUACCAGAAAAAUGUUAGCAUGUCACAAUCUGAGAUUGCAGUUGUACCUGGAGAUUCCAGACAGAGCACGGGCACAAGAAAGUAAGACUAGGAAGUCAAGUUCCAAACAUGGGAGGCCAUGGCAACUGUAAGAAAGGCAUAAAAACCAGGUAGGGAGGCUAGAAAGGAGACAGUCGUAAGAAGGCAGAGAUGAAUGACUUGUGGUCAGCAGGCCGUACAACGGUCCUGGUGUUCUCUGCUGUUUGGGUAGGUGUGUUUUCUGGUGACGGGUAUGACUCUUCUGCAAAGAGUCUGUCACCAAGGUAGUCCCUUCUUUCCUACGUUUCCUGGGGUUAAGGAAGAGACUGGAGAGAAGACUCUGUGGUCUGUUGCUGUCCUGUUGAAUGUGGGCAAAACUGCUGCGCUGGUCUGUGCUGCAGCUGCUAUCUGCCUUCCUUAGAAGGCCUCAUUUUUUUUUAAGAAUGAUGUAUUUUUUAGAAAUAAUUAAACAACUAGCAGCCCUCUAAAAGUAACAUUGUCUUCCUUUGCAUGUUAUACAUAGCCCCUCACCAUCCUUUACUUUGAACCUAAAAAAAUGAAACAAACAUUUCUGACAGUAU